UGUGGAAUUAUUGACAUCAGGUUUGUGUGCGUUCACGCAGCUCUGAUGAUGUAUGAGGAGAAGCUAUCAAAAGUGCUAUGAUCCAUUUUUAAAGGCAACGGCCCUUUUCCUCCCCUCAGAAUUAUUUUACGUUUUUGUGACUGGGGGCAGUCAUCAACUACGGGAAAAUAUUUGAACAUGAACUAUUUUUCCAACGCGUUAUUCGUCGUAAAGCAGUGACGUUUCAUCGCGAGACACCGAUCGGACUGCGAUUCCUCCUUCGCUGAGGAGGAAUCAUUCUGUCUCUGUUGGAAACGGAUAGACGAGGAAAAGUGGAUGUCGCGACUGCGCGACCUGUCCCGUUUUCACCGGGACCCGUGUUGGUGGUGAGCUGCCGCGGUGCCGCUGUGGGAGUGUCGCGCACGCACCCGAGGAUAGUUUGCCCUGGAUUUUUCAAUCAUUUGCCGGACCUCCUCCUCACCGACGCUAUACUCCCUUCCUCAUCCUCGUCCGCCCCCCUCUGUUUUUCUUUUUCUCCCAGCUCCGUGAUUUGUCGCGGUCCGUACGCGGGGUAGAGGCUCGCGCCCACCGCGACGCAACCGAAAGUAGCGCGCCGCGAGGCCCCCGGCCCCCUCCCCCACUCGAGCCCCCCUCAGAUCGUCUCCUUACCUUCCUCUCAUUUUUGUCCUCCUUAAUAUUUUUACUCAGAGGAGGAGGAUUAGGGGGAUCUUUUCGUGUAACCCCUCUUUUUUGUCAACGAACCGAGUGAUAUUCUAUUAUUUUUCUCGGGAUUUUUGAAGCCCCCGACGAGGCCGGGCUGUGCUCAGAAAAGCAGCGGGGAUGACUUUGGAGUCAAUGAUGGCCUGCUGUCUGAGCGAAGAGGCCAAGGAGUCGAAACGAAUCAACGCGGAGAUCGAUAAGCAGCUUCGCCGGGAUAAGCGCGACGCGAGGCGGGAACUAAAGCUGCUUCUUCUCGGCACGGGUGAAAGUGGCAAGAGCACGUUCAUCAAACAGAUGCGAAUCAUCCAUGGCACCGGUUACACGGACGAGGACAAACGCGGCUUCACCAAGCUGGUGUAUCAGAACAUCUUCACGUCCAUGCAGGCUAUGAUCCGUGCUACAGAGACCCUGAAGAUCGGCUUCAAGUACGAGCAGAACAAGGCGAACGCCAUGCUGGUGAAGGAGGUGGACAUUGAAAAGGUGGCAUCGUUUGACCAUCCCUACAUCAACGCCAUAAAGAUGCUGUGGUCAGAUCCGGGCAUUCAAGAGGCAUACGACAGACGCCGAGAGUACCAGCUGUCAGACUCCACAAAAUACUAUCUAUCUGACCUGGAUCGUAUCGCUGAACCCUCCUACCUUCCCACCCAGCAGGAUGUUCUGAGGGUUCGAAUCCCAACCACAGGGAUUAUUGAAUACCCAUUCGACCUUCAAAGUAUCAUUUUCAGAAUGGUUGAUGUUGGGGGUCAGAGGUCAGAGCGCAGGAAGUGGAUACACUGUUUUGAGAAUGUGACGUCCAUCAUGUUUCUGGUGGCUUUGAGCGAGUAUGAUCAGGUUCUGGUGGAGUCGGACAACGAGAAUCGUAUGGAGGAGAGCAAGGCUCUGUUCAGGACGAUAAUCACAUAUCCAUGGUUCCAAAACUCCUCCGUCAUCCUCUUCCUCAACAAGAAGGACCUGCUGGAAGAGAAGAUCUCUUACUCACACCUGGUCGACUACUUUCCUGAGUUUGAUGGGCCCCAAAGGGACGCCCAAGCCGCACGGGAGUUCAUCUUGAAGAUGUUUGUGGAUCUGAACCCCGACAGCGACAAGAUCAUCUACUCGCACUUCACCUGCGCGACAGACACGGAGAACAUCCGCUUUGUGUUUGCGGCCGUGAAGGACACCAUCCUGCAGCUGAACCUGAAGGAGUACAACCUGGUGUGAGACGUCCAGCGGGUCCAACGCCCCUCACACCGGUCAGCACAGAACAGGCACCCGCAGAGCGUGCGCACACCUACGUCCACAUACGACACGCACACACAAAUCAUACACACUGUCUGCAACACACUUUCGAUUUUUUUCCGUUUUCAGCUUCCCAUUUUUGGACAUCUUGUUUUUUUGCCAAAGGCCUCUUCUCCUUUUAUCAAAUUUGACCAUCAAAAGUGUCUCGAAUUUGACAAAGAGUGUUAGAUACCGAAUUUCAUGCGUUUCAAACAAACGUUGGAUUAGCAGAGUUGUGAUGAGCUUGCGGACGGAGCGAUCUGUGAUAAGCCGGCCUGAAAACUGGAAGUGACUUUUUCCUUCCUCUUCUGCAUCGUUCGCUCAGAUCUGUUUCGAGUGUUUCUCGCCUGGAUGAAUGAAAAAUGCGGUUUUCACGGUCCUGCAAAAAAAAUCACAACAUAUUUACAUACUUGUACAUGGACACAAGGACUAGUGCUGUGUUGUCGGAGAUUCCUAAUCGGAUUCCCAAUCGGAUUCCGGCAGAACCCAGUGGGUUCCAGCGGGUUCCUCUGAUGGUGUGGAGAACUUUUCUUUCGCAGAGAUGAAUAUCUCAACGAGGCUAGUCUUCAAUUCGCAUCGAUGAAUGUAAACUUUAUGUGAGAGCAUUGCAAAUGCAAAAAAAAAAAAACAAAAAAAAAAUAAUGAACGAAAAAUAGUGUAAUAGAAUGCAUAUAAAAGCAAAACGAUACAAAGCACGAGAAGGAGAAAUGAAACUAAUGAAAUAAAUCUGUGUAUAUUGCUGAGAUGAUCAUUUUAAAACCUUUUUAAUGAUAAGUAACUAUAGCUACUUCAAAUAUAAAAUAAAUUAUAACAGCAGUCGAAUUAACGAUGGAUAAGUGACAGUUAAGGAUUUAUUUCUUUUUUUAUGUGUGCGAAACAUACACAUACGAUAAGUUUUGUUCUGCGGAUCUUUUUUUAUCUUCCAACUUUCCCGGUUAAACGUUUUACUUUACUACAGUACAGCAGAUGUGAUUUAUAAGUAUAUAGUUUGGCUGCGUUUUGAGAGUGUACAUAUUUUGUCUCGCUCGCGAUUCUGAAUCUGGCUCGUAGACUCGCAGGUAUAUUGUCCAGCCGCCCGAAUGCACAGUAUUCAUCGUUUACGCAAAACAGUACACCACAGUAAGUUUUGGUCUGAAUUUCAAGUAUUUCACGGCAACCCAAAUUCCAGUGGUUUUGUGCGAGGAAUGGGGGGUCAGGUAAUCAUUUAUGCGAAGUUAAUUGAUUGUGUAUAUUUAUAUUUGUAAAUACGUAUACACAUUAUUGCUUAUGUACAAAACGUCUGUGGUACACUAUCUUUGGCAAAAAAUCACUUUUGUGUAAUUGUGUACGGUUUGUUGGUUUUCAGAUGAAUUACGAUAUUAUUGAUACUGUGAUUCUUCUGGUUUAAUUUUUUUAUUUUUGUCACUAUGAAUACAGUAACAUAGCAGUAACGUGUGGAGGACAAACGCGAUUUAAAAAAACGACACGUACGGUUACGAGCAAUAGUCUUGAGAAAACGGGAAAAGAUGUCAAUUUUUCCCAGAUGAGAAACGGCACCCUCUACAGUGUGAAUGUUAUAUGAGAUAAAAAAAAAUAGGUAUAAGCAAAAGAUAAGAUUUUAUUUAUAUAAUUUAUGGACCAGUUGUUGAUAAUUGUUUCCUCUUUCUUUCUUUCUUUUAUUUUUUUUUAAAGCACUCCCAAGUUACGAGACAGAAAUAGGAGACUACUGCUGUAUAAACUUCCGUUUGAUACAAUUAUUCACUUCUUUUUAUUCGUUUUUCUCCUACCAUAAUAGUUUCCACGCAAUAUAUUGUAACCACACUUUUCACUUUCCAAGAUUUGUUUUUUUUAUCAAAUUUCCAAAUGAUGUGUAGGUGCAGUGCUUUAAAGGAACAUAGGAAAUGUACCAUAUGAAAAUAGACGCUUUUUAUUGUGAUUGGAGAUCCGUUUGCAAGUAGUGACUACUUUUUUUGGUUUACUUAUAAACUCAUGGCCUGGUUCUUUCAUUGUUUUAUACAGGUGAUGGUUCAUUCAUUUUCAUCAAGGGCUAAGAUAAAUUGUCAAAAACCAGAAAAAUAGUUGAUCACAGCUUCAAGUUCAAAGUCUGAGAAUUUUUUCUUUUUUUUGCACGUGAUCAUUUUAACCAGGAUUAUACCCAUGCCAAAUUCUCAUGUAUUUAUCAUUUCUUUCACUGUAUUGAAGUCAUCACGUAUUGCCACGGUCAUCAACCACUUUUAUUUUAAGAAGCACAAGUUAAACCGUAUUCUUUGUAAGCUAAACCCAGUGUUUCAGUCAGAUGUCACAGUAUUAGUAAAUCCGACUGUAAUUUCGUUGCUAGCUAACUUAGAUUUAACUGGUGACACAAAUCCAUUUGUGCUCAUUAAACACUAAAUAAGCUUUAAACACACGAUAUUGGAGAUGUUUCUCUUAGACACCAUAGUGUUAGCUGUGGUUGUAUAUUGUUCAUUUGACAUGUUGUAUGUCUCUGAAGCGUCUGAAUGAAGCUUAGUGUACUGCGACUGUUGAGAUUGUGGAUCAAAACGACCCUUUGCUCUUGUAUUUAGUCAGUAAUAACAUGAAACCGUGUUAAUGGUUCCUUCAUUGUAACCAUCGGUAAAUGAUGCGUCACUUGUUUAGCGCAGUUCAAUUUUUUUACGCACUUUUUGCUUCUUCGUGCCAUGAGGAAAAUGCGUUUCCAAGGCUUUGAAGGAAAUGGAAACGGUUUGAGCUACACAUAUCCGGUCACGUCUUCAACAAGAAGUGUGUUUCCUAAACGUGCCAGUUCCAAGCAUUGCCGUUCCCAGAACCUCUACCUUUGUUAACAGCAAAAUGUUUUUUGGGGGGGCAUUUCAGGAUUGUAGUCACAUGACAAGCACAGGACACUGUAGAUUGAGGUUUAAAGGCCAACCUUAAAGGAAAACACCACUUUUUUUCAAUAUUUUAUUAUGUUCUUACCUCAACAUAGACAAAUUA